GUUAUGUGAUACACCUUUCUUUCUUUCUUUCUUUUUUUUCUUUCUCCAAUGGCACAACAAGAACAAUCAUUCAAAAUUAUUGAAGUUUGCAAUGUUGAGCCAUUUCAUGAACCAUCGAAACCUUCUCAAUCACCAACCUCACUUCCCUUAACUUUCUUUGAUCUUCUAUGGUUAAGAUUUCCACCAGUUCAACGUCUCUUUUUCUAUGAACUCACAAACUCAACCACUUUUUUCUAUGAAAUUCUUCUUCCAAAUCUCAAAAACUCUCUUUCACUCACACUUGAACUUUUUCUCCCUCUUUCCGGCAACAUAAUUUGGCCUAUUGAUUCAUCAAAACCAAUCAUAAACUAUGUUCACGGCGAUUCUGUUUCCUUUACCGUUGUUGAGUCCAAAGAAAGUUUUGAAGAUCUUUCUACAAAUCAUUGUGAAGCUUCAAAGAGACAUCACUUGAUACCUCUUUUGAAAACUUCAGAUGAAAAAGCUUCUUUGAUUUCAAUUCAAGUCACUUUGUUUCCGAACAAAGGUUUUUGCAUUGGAAUAUCCACACACCAUGUUGCUUUUGAUGGAAAAUCUUCAACCAAUUUUAUGAAAUCAUGGUCUUAUAUUACAUGUUCUAACCCUAACCUUGGAAAUGUAACACCUUGUUUUGAUAGAUCAGUGGUAGAAGAUCAUUAUAGUGGAAUCAGUGAAGCAUAUGCUGAUGCUUUGAUGAAUCAUUAUGGACCAAAUAAUAAAAGUCUCAAGGUUUGGGAAUUUCCUGGACAUAUUAUAAAGCUUGAGACAAAGAAGUUAAUGGGAAAAGGUGGAUUUUUAAGUGCUUUAGAAGGGAUUAGUGAACGUUUGGAAAAGGUGAAAAAUGGAGUGUUAGAUGGAGCUGAAAAUUGGUUGCAUGAUAUGUUAAACCCUAAGGAGAGUUUUAAACUCUAUUCUACUGCUGGAUCACCAAGGUUUGAAGUCUAUGAUAUUGAUUUUGGAUUUGGAAAGCCAAAGAAAGUUGAUAUGGCUUCAACAGAUAAAACAGGUGCAUUUUCUCUUAGUGAGAGUAAGAAUCACAAUGGUGGAAUUGAGAUUGGUUUGGCUUUGAACAAGCAUGAGAUGGAAGCCUUUUCAACCCUUUUUGUUCAAGGGCUUGAGGCCAUUUGAAAUUAUAAAAGUUAGUAUUAAACGUUUGGGUGAACAAAAUUUGAUCCUCUUAUAAAAAAAUCUGAAAGAGUAUUAUUUUUA